ACAAAUAGAAUGUAUUCAUAAUUCAACCCCAAAAUAGUCUCGUAACCAACCAGAAUUUUAAAAUUCCGUUUUCCCGUUAAACUUUAUAUUAUUUUUUUAGUUUCAUAAUUUCACUUGAAUUCGGGGUAUAAGAGAUGAAGAACAAGUAUUGUCGACUUAACCGGAAAAAAAAGAAGGAUGGAGAAGGUGGUGGCGAUGGCGGAGGAGGAAGUAAAAGUCGAUUCGGGAAAAAGAAACAAGAGCCAGAGCCUGAGCCGGAGCCAGAGCCCGAAGAGCCCGUGGAGGAGGAGGAGAUAAUGCCACCUCCUUUGGAAGAGGGGCAGAUGUAUAGCUAUUUCCAUGUUGGCAGCAUGGCUAAGGAGUGCCUCAUCAAAGGUUACCGACUUGGUGUCUGGGAACUGGAGUCUACAACGAAAACCAAGCAUGACAUAGUCUUGGCAAGUUUUGGCGAGGGUAAUCCUACUCUGACCCCAGCCAGCGGCGGCAUCGAGCUCUACAAGGAGUGGCCGCUCUUCCAUGCAGUCUGCACAUGGCUGACUGCGAACGCCUAUCUGGUGGAUGUGGGUGCUCGUGCGGAUCUCUUUGGAGGAAAUGCAUAUGCCACCUUAAAAACAACCAUUUCCCCACAAGAAGAAGAGUCAAAAUUUACAGCAAGGGUUAAGGUUGGAUUGGAUCGUAGUCCGGGGAAAAUAGAACUGAUUAUUCCAGUUUACAAGGAACCCCUUCUUAUGGGAUAUGCCGUACUGGCUCCAACCGAGAACUCUGUACUGGGCUACCGCGCUGUCUAUAAUUUUGAUGAAAAGCAGUUCGCCAUGCAUGCUUUUUGCUUAGGAUAUCACAACGAAACCACCGAAGUCGGCCUGAAAUAUGAAAACUUCAAGACCUUGAGGGGUUCGGUCUUCCAGCGCUUGGGCGAGAACUUGGCCUUUGCUUUGAAAAUGACCAUUAUGGGCGCCGAGGAGAACGCCCAAAGCAACGUUGCCAUUGGCGCCCAGUACGAAUUCUCUCCGGGACAUUUAAUAAAGGCCAGGCUACGGGAUGAUACCCAAUUCGGUAUCGUCUAUCAGGCAAGACUUGCUGAAACUGUGGACGUUAUGUACCAUGCCGGAUGCGUAUUAAACGAUCCCAUUAAUGGUGAGCACAAGAUCGGUGUAGCCUGGUCCUUCAAAUGUUAGUCGUGCCACCUUUCAACAUAGCUUACAAAAUUAUAAGUAUGUGAAAAUUUUGCAAAAUUUUGUUUAUUAAUACUUCCACUGUAUACGUACCAAUAAUAUAUGAUUAAAGCAAAAUUAAAAU